AUGGGCCAUGAAAAGCAUGAGGUGGGAGGAUGCCUCGAGUUGCUGCCCAGGCGAGACCAGGUCGAUCCUGAGUCCGAGCUGGAGGCUCCUAGAGCCCUGCAGAAGUACAAGCGCAGACGUGAAGUCCCGCCUUCUCUGCCGACACCAGCGUGCAGCGGACUGGAGACAAGCUUCCCAGCACCUGGCACAGCGGAGGCGAUCCCGUUGCCACCGUUGGUUGACGGACGCGCGCAGAAGAAAAACUCUGCGCCGUCCGUGCCAGAAUCCCCGACGAGUACCAGCGCGUGUCAGGACGUUUCGUCGCCGGCUGCGCAGGCACCCCCGGUGCGCAGUGCCAAGGAGAAGUAUGUGCUGCGUACCUUGGGUGUGUCGAGCAUGUCCAAGGAGGAGCUGAAGCAGCAGCGCCAAGCCGUUUGUGACCGUGCUGCUUACCUCAUGGAGAAUCUGAAUCCCUCAGAAGUCAUCGUGAAGAUGUGCAAGGGCAAGAUUCCGCGAAACUACGAAAGCUUCAUGGAAGUGGCAGCUUAUGUUGCUUUGAGCGGCAAGUUGGAGGCGAAGAAGCGAGCAGAGGCUUACCUGGCAGCAGUGGAAGACUACUUGCCGCUGUCGAGUCGAGAUUGCGGUGUCAGGACUGUUUAUGGUGACUCGCCCCACGAGUGCAAGUGCACUGAGUGCCGACGCGGGAAGAUCAGGAUGUGUGUGGCGUUUCAGAUGGUCAUUGAUGAGGUGGGAGCAAGACUUCGCAAGAAGGCGCGAACGAUGCAGUCGAAAGGAAACAGUGGAGACGCCUCGAGAAGAGCGGCGAUAGAGCACAUGCUUUCGGUGCUGGAGCAGUACUUGGUGCAGAAUCCUCAUCAUCUCCCGGAUCAGAUCAAAGAUCGGAGCUUGGAUCAUCGGAGACUGCCUCCAAAAUCGCGCAGCCCCGUCGUCGAGAGCCUGCUUCAGCAACCGAGCGCCGCCUCACCACGUCGAGCCCACCAGCUGGUGAAAAGCGAAGAGCAGCAGUCCAACCUCUCAGCUACACCGCUGGAGCCAGCCGCCCAAGACGUAAUCGACAUCACCGGCGGUGACGAGCUUGGCCACCCGGGCGAGGAAGCUGCUCGGAGCCCUCCAGAGCCUGGCAUGAAGCUGGAAAGUCAAGACUCACCGACGGCUUCACUGUGCAGUGCUGCACCCGUGGACAGCUCUUCGCAAAAAAGCAUCCAGGCAGACGGCGCCAAAACGCCGACAAGACAUCAGCCGUCGAGCUCGGUGAGCAGGAAUUGCUGGCACUGUGCAGAGCCAGCCGCCCCAAGAGAAAUCAAUGUUCCGGAUGACAGAAGUCGAGCUGAGCCUUCUCCGCGCCGCUGUUGGAGCCCUUCACGGCUGGCAAGACUCAGGCCCUGUGGUGUUGAGCCCGCCGACUUGUCCGCGACAGAUCUCAAGCCCCUGGUCUACCGGGGCCAUGUGCCCCGUGCUGUGGCACAAGGGGACAGGAAGGAAAAGAAGGUGCUGAGGCUCUCUGCGAAUCCUUCGAGAUGUCCUCCUGCUGAGAAGGAAGCCUUCCGACAUUCACUCUCACAGCAUCCGAGGAGGUCAUCUCUGCGAGCCUCUGCUGGGCUCGUGCAGGCCAACCCGGACGUGAGGCAUCGCCCGUCUGCUGCCCUCCGCAUCAAGAAGCAGUGGUGCGACAAGAUCUUCGACAGCACCAAGACAUGGGAGAUCCGCGGCUCUGCGCUUCAUAAGCGAGGUCGAGUCUGCAUCGCGCAGUCUAAGUCUUCUCAGCUGGUCGGGGAGGUCACCUUCGUUGACUGCUUGCAGGUGGGCAGGUUUGAAGAUGGCAAGCUGGUACCUUGGAGUGACAGCGAGGACGACAGGCAGAAUUUCAUCGGUCGCACGGAGAAUUUCACGAAGCACUGCAUCGAGGAUCUCGGAAUCGUUCAGUAUCCGCGGGUUUUCGCAUGGGUCAUGGAGCAGCGGCAGCGCUAUGAGAAGCCGGUGCUUUACAAGCACAAGAUGGGAUGCGUCAAUUGGGUCAAACUCGAUUGGCAACACGGCCAGGGAGCUGUUAAGGCUCCGCUCGCGCCGGGCGUCCACAGCGGAGGACGGAGCGGCGCAACUCAGCAGUUGCUCUGCGACCGAAUGGCAGCUUCCAGGUGCCGUUGGGUGGCGGUUCACAGGAACCGCUGCUCAAGCGUGCCCCACGGUUGA